CAAAGACACCCCCCUCGUUAAUGUUCCAAAAGCGAACUACGUCAAAUUUAAGCCAGUCGCUAACAAACUUAGAUUAUGCCCACAUUUCAUCACAGACAUUUUUGCUUUGACGAUGGCAUUAAAUUGCAGCACAUUUAGUCGCCUUAUUUUAGGAGCACAGGCCGCGGCUGAGGCCUGCACAAAGCGGGCAGUUCACCAGACGUGCGGGAGAUAUCGAGUGUGUCGAUGGUAUUCCGGUGUCACUCAUGAAGAGAACAAACUGGAACAGGUCGGAGAGCUUGCGAUUCCAGGUAGUCAUAGGCGUGUCCUGAAAGAUGUCCUGCCUUUCUCAGCGUUCCUUAUGGACUCCUUUGGACGCAGGCAUAAUUACCUUCGCAUUUCUCUUACUGAGAAAUGUAACCUCCGCUGUCAGUACUGUAUGCCACAGGAGGGGGUAACGCUCACCCCUCGCUCUCAGCUCCUAACAGCAGAGGAGUUGUUGAUGUUAGCCAGACUCUUUGUACGAGAGGGGGUUAACAAGAUACGACUGACUGGAGGAGAACCUCUCAUUCGCCCAGAUGUUCUGCAUAUCAUAGCGGAAUUGAGGAAGUUGGAGGUUUUGAGGGUCUUUGGAGUAUUUAAGUAUGUGAUGAUUUUGUGAAUUUUGUUGCCCAGUCUAAAGAAAGCUGGAGUGGAUCUAUUCAACAUCAGUCUAGACACUCUGGUCCCUGCCAAAUUUGAGUUCAUCACUAGACGAAAAGGGUUUCAUAAAGUGAUGGAAGGCAUUGAAAAGGCUAUUGAAAUUGGCUACAAUCCAGUCAAGGUGAACUGUGUGGUCAUGAGAGGUUUGAAUGAAGACGAGUUGAUUGACUUUGUGUCACUGACAGAGAGGAAACCAUUGGAUGUGAGAUUCAUAGAGUACAUGCCUUUUGAUGGUAACAGAUGGAACUUCAAGAUGAUGGUGAGCUAUCAGGAGAUGUUGGACUGUAUAAAACAAAAAUGGCCCAAUCUGGAGCCUGUUCCUGGAGAGGAAACGGAUACAGCCAAGGCAUUUAGAGUUCCAGGAUUUCGGGGCCAGCUGGGCUUCAUUACCUCCAUGUCAGAAAAUUUCUGUGGCUCCUGUAACCGCCUACGCAUCACGGCUGAUGGCAACCUUAAGGUUUGUUUGUUUGGAAAUUCAGAGGUGUCUUUGAGGGAUUUUCUGCGCUCUGGAGCAACUGAAGAGGAACUACUGCACAUCAUAGGGGCAGCAGUUGGGAGGAAGAAGAAACAGCAUGCAGGGAUGUUCAAUAUAUCUCAGAUGAAGAACAGGCCAAUGAUCCUCAUUGGUAAAAACUGCAGCUGGCUGCUGUCAGUACCUCUGUUUAGAGGAAGUCAGAGGCAGCCUCUUUCUCUGAUCCAUGGCAUGGAUUCAGCAGCUUCUGCUACAACUCACUCAUUAACAAAUUACAUUCAACACUUUCAUGGUAAUGCUAAUAAGGACUACACAAGAACUUUUUUUAAUGAUGCACUAGGUUUGACUCCUCUUUGUAAAAAGCAUAAUCGACCAAGGUUACGUUCUAUGAAAAGAUUCAGCAAUCAAAGUCGUGCAACCUCAGAGGCACUUUGUACUGAAGUGAUGACCAGAUCUUAUCAAGUGAAUUCUGGUGCCUUAAAAACCCCCAAAGCUCUAACCGUUCAUACGCACAUUUUGGACUGGGGGUCUCAGCCACUACAGCUACAAUCCAAAAUAUUUCCUCCCAUACUCUUUCUUAGUGCACUACUGUCAACAGCCAAAUUUAGAGAUUCAACUCUGCAGUUUGCACGGCACUGCCACAGCAAAACCCCUGAUUGUGGGUUUGAUUUGAAAAUACCACAUACAGAUGCACAGUCCUCCAGCCUUGAUGGAACCUCUGAACAGUUGACCCACACUGAUGCACAGGGUAAAGCCUCUAUGGUCAAUGUGGGCAGUAAGGCGGUAACUAGUCGCACAGCCAUGGCUUGUGGCAAGGUCAUCCUGGGCCCAAAAGCUUUUAAUUUGGUGCGUGCCAAUCAGCUUGCCAAGGGCGAUGCACUAGCGGUAGCACAGCUAGCGGGCAUCAUGGGUGCCAAGCAGACCUCAUCUCUCAUCCCCCUCUGCCACCCGCUUCCUCUCGACCACGCCUCCGUUACCAUAGAGCUGCUUGAGGAAGAACAUGCCGUCAUCGUCAAAGCAACCUGCCAAACCACGGGCCGAACAGGAGUGGAGAUGGAGGCCCUGACCGCUAUUGCGGUGGCCACGCUAACUCUCUAUGACAUGUGCAAGUCAGUCAGCCAUGACAUUGUUAUUACUGACAUCAAGUUGCUCAGCAAGACGGGUGGACAGAAAGGUGAUUUUUAUCGCUCACCUGAUUCCUAAAGAAUGCAUAAACUGCAGGCUUAAUCUCACCUGUUUGAAUGUAGCUACAGUAUUUAAUUCUCUCUAGAAUGACAUCAGAUUUCUUUAACAAAAUGUGCCUUCAGAUGCCUCUAUCUAAUCUACUUAUUGUCAUUUUAACUAUUCCUGUGUCCAUGUUCAGCAUAAAAAUGUGACUUUUUCCAAGUAAGACUCAUUUACCUGACAUAUAAAGAGUAUUUUAUUUUGUUCUAGAUUUAUUUUGAUUAUGAUAAUGCAGCUAAUGAAAAUGUGUUUCGUAAGGUUGUCGCAGUUGUCACAGAGUGCUGCAGGGAUUACACAUUUUGCAGGUCAAAACCCGGCAACAAGCAUUUUGGCACUUCCGGUUCCAUCAUCCUGAACAAGUCUUGUAAAAGGCCUAAAAAAAUUAACACAAUCCCAAGCUAUUUUCACAUUUUAUUAUACAAUAUAAAAUACAUCAUUACACCCUUGGGAUUUUUAAAGCUUUUACUUGUCUUGAAAAAUGUUUUUGCCAACAAUUGUCUCAAUGAAUCUACAGUGGUUUUCCGGGACACUAAACGUCAUCCCAGCAAACAGAAAAACACCAUCUCACUAGUCCUCUUUUGCAGCUUUAUUGUGUUAAUCACACUCUUGCAUAGUUUGCCAAUUUAAACUUUCAGGCAUUAUAAUAUACAGUAUAUCCAUAUCUAUCUAUCUAUCUAUCUAUAUAUAAAGACUGAAAGACUUGUUGGAAGUUUAAC